AUGUCAGAUUUUGCGGAAAGUCCAUCUAGAACGGAAUUCAAGACUCCAAACGCCAAAAGCGUCAAUUUAACAGCUGAGGCUACGACUAGAGGCGAUGAUGAUGAUGAAAAGGAUACAAGUGUCAUGAUUCCUCACAAAUCUUCACCUGUCGUUCAACUUCCUCCAGUGCAGUCAGAUGACAACCCACAGCUCAUAGUAAAGAAGAAAAGAAAGUUGCAAUUGGUUGCUGAUCCUGAUGAGACUGUUGAACCUUCCCAAGUUAUCCCAUCAAAAUCAAGAAGUAGCAGUAACGUUUCAACUCGUAUACCUUCAUUGAAUGAGAUUUCCAAACCUGAAUUGUCACCACCAAGUCUCAAUCUGUCUUAUCGCUCGUUUGAAGAGAAAGAAUCGCCAACAACAGCGCCUUCAUCUUCUUCAAAAGAUCAAAUUGUGGCAAAUACAGCAAGUGCAGCUACAAGAAACUUUUCAUCUCCAAUACGGCUAGAUCAAAACGCCAUCACAAGCACUCCAGAUGAUCCUAAAAAACUAAUGAUGAGCUUGCGCCGUCAAGAGAAUAGUGUUGAUUCAGAACUAGUUAAGGCUAGAAAAAAAUUGGAGACGUUGAGAAGGGCUAAAGUGAUUUUAUCAAAGAAAGAUGCUAAGAAUAAUGAAGAAUUAAUCGAUAAAUGGAGAGAUGCUGCACAGAGAGCUUCAAAUUACCUUUUGAAUGCAUCUGUGGAGAAAAUAAAUAAAGCAGGUGGGAAGAAAGAAUAUGAAAGAAGGGAAAGAGAAAAACUAAGAGAUAAUUUGGAAUUUACAAUGGAUACUUCAUUUCAAGAAAGAAUUUCUGAAGUCACAAGAUCGGAAGAAUAUGAGGCAUUACCAGAAGAUGAACAAGAAAGAAUAUUACAAGAUUUGGAGGAAGAAGCUGAAAAGUCAAUGAGACAACUAGAGAAAGAUUUAGAUGCUAAAAAUAAACAUGAUGAUGACAAUGAUGAUAACGAUGACGAGUUUACUAUGAAAGAUUUAUAUAAAAGGCUAAAAUUGGAUUAUAAAUUGGUGUUUCCUGAAAAAUAG